AAAACAGUCUGCGGCAUUGCUGAAGACGUUUGUGUCCUUAUGAAGCGAGAGACAAUCGUGUGAGAAGACUUGAGUCCUUAAACUAGGUGUGCCUGUUAGAUGCUUCACAGUGUUACGAAUGUAGGUCGUUCAGACUUCGUAGUUCCUACAGGCCAGUUCCUCGCUCGCUGCUCAAGAGAGAGUUUCACAACACGUGUUUCUGUUAGACUCGGUCUUCAAGACAGUCGCUUUGUUAUCCUACGAUUAAUUGACAGCUUCCACGGCCUAUUUUACGUUUAAUUAAUUUCUUAAACUCUGUGUUAUGGGUGUAAGUUAGUGAAGUGUUACUUGUGACAUUCUCCAGUAAUUAAAAGGAAAUAGAUUUUUUGGUUUCCCUCUUCAGAGGUGGGGUGAUGGAUAUGCAGUCUUUUACAUCUGCUUCCCAGGAGCGGGGUACGGGCGAGACUUUGCGGAAAAUCUUGUCAGUUUUCCUGAUGACAAUCGCUAUUGUAUCUUUUCUGGUGUUCUGCUGGACCAAACGACGCCUGUGGGAACUGGCUGCAAAACUUCCAGGACCGAGACCAAUCCCAUUGGUUGGUAACCUACUGACGUUCGCGGGCUGCGACUUGAUCCAAUUCUUCCAGAGGAUCAUACAGAUGGUAGACAAACAUGGCUCCAUAUUUAAGCUGUGGAUCGGACAGGAUCUGUUCGUACUCUUGUCUAACCCUGUUGCUUUGGAAAAGAUACUGGGCAACAAGAAUUUCAUAAGACGUACAGGAUAUGUCACCAAAGUUGGUAAACCUUUCUUUAGAAAUGGUUUAUUAAUGUCAGAUGGUGAUACAUGGAGAAUUCAUCGCAAAAUAAUAUCAUCGACUUUCCACAACAAUGUUUUAGAUCAAUUUGUUGAAAAUUUUACUAAAAAUAGUGCCAUUUUAGUGAGUAAAAUGCGUAAUAAUUGCAAUGAAACUGCGUUUAACAUUUACCCACUUAUUAGUCUUUGUACUCUGGAUGUUAUUUGCGAAACAGCUAUGGGAACUACUGUAAAUGCACAAUUAGAUGACGACGGGAAAUAUGUUCGAAAUGUUUUAAGAUCCCUUCAGUUAUUAUCUGAGAGAUUCAUGCGCCCGUGGCUGUCCAUUGACUGGAUUUUUAAUUUGACUCGGUUAGGUAAGGAACAAGCAGCUACUUUAGAAUAUCUGCACGGAAAUGCACAACAAGUGGUUUCAGAGAAGUUAGCGAAGUUUCAUGCAAGUGGGCGUCAGAAGACACAAGUUGAGGAUCUCCAGUCUGUGAAAAGGAAGAAAUUGUCUCUGUUGGAUCUUUUGAUAGAGGAUGAGCAGCUGACUCCUGAUGAGAUCCACGACGAAGUGGUGACGAUCGUGUCGGCUGGAUCCGAGACUACAGCAACUACUUGUUGCUACGUGCUCUCUCUCCUGGGAGUGCACCAGGACAUCCAGGAACGGGUCGUAGAGGAGCAGAAGAUUGUCUUUGGCGACGACAUCCACAGACCUGUUACUUCCGAAGAUCUUCCUCACAUGCCGUAUCUUGAGCAGGUAAUCAAAGAAGCAUUGCGUCUCUUUCCACCGAUUCCAUAUCUUUUCCGCAAAGUCGAGAAGGAAACUGACCUGGGGAACGGCUACGUCCUGCCAGCCGGUUGCUACUCCAUGGUGGUAACAUACACAACUCACCGGAACCCGCAAUAUUUCCCCGACCCCGAGCGUUUCGAUCCGGAGCGUUUCUCACCUGAAAACUGCCUCGGUAGACAUCCAUACGCUUACAUACCUUUUGGGGCUGGUCGCAGGAUGUGUGUCGCAUAUAAAUUUGGAAUCAUGGAGGCUAAAACGAUGCUGUCCACCAUUCUGAGGCGAUUUCGUAUCGUUCAGACUGUCGGCGGGAUCAGCACCCUAAUCAACGACUUGGAGUCUGGAGUUGUACUGAAACCAGCAAACGGGUUCAAUAUUCAGAUAGAGGCACGAUUUGCCGAUAUUCAGCUGAAUUAAAGUGUGAAUAUGUAGGCGCAUCCGGUCUACGGAGGGUGUUAGAGAUGAAUGCGAUGUCUUUGGGAAAGAUGUUACUUGAAACAUUAUGAUAUAGAUGGCAGAACAGUGUUAAAAUGUGAGAUUUAAGGUUUAUAUGGCGGUGAGGAUGAUGAAGUUCUAAGUUUCGGUGUCGUGCAGACUUUUCGGAAGAUGCCAAAUGCCGGCCUUUUCUCUACCUACUCUUUACCCACCCGUUCUUCCUGUUACACCAGCUUGUAGACUUUCUUCGUUUAUCCCGGUACCUUCUCCCUUUCAUUCUUCACGUUGGGUUGGUA